CGCCCAGCCAUGUUGAGUCUGUCAGGCGAACUGCAGCCCGCCAUUGUGUAGAAGCCAGGCUCUGUAGAGAUAAGGGCGUUUGGUGUAAACUCCCCAGCAGCUAGAGCACCACGACACCCCUGUCGCGUUUAUUAAGGAGUAAAUACAGUUACCCAGGCUCCGGGGGGGAAAGACAUGUCAGCCAGCAGCCUCCUUGAACAGAGACCGAAAGGCCAAGCUAAUAAAGUGCAAAACGGAGCUGUGACCCAAAAGGAUACUUUGAAUGACGAUGAGUUUGAGCCUUACCUGAAUACUCAGGCCAGACAGAGCAAUGCCUAUACGGCCAUGUCAGACUCCUACAUGCCCAGCUACUACAGCCCCUCCAUAGGAUUUUCGUACUCACUAAACGAGGCAGCAUGGUCCACAGGUGGGGACCCUCCUAUGCCUUACCUGGCCUCCUAUGGACAGCUGAGCAAUGGGGAACCCCACUACCUCCCGGACGCUAUGUUUGGCCAGCCAGGCCCCCUGGGGAGCAACCCAUUCCUUGGCCAGCAUGGCUUCAACUUUUUCCCCAGUGGCAUCGACUUCUCUGCGUGGGGCAAUAGCAGUUCUCAGGGACAGUCGGGGACACCGCAGAGCUCUGGCUACAGCAGCAGCUAUGCUUAUGCUCCAAGCUCACUUGGGGGUGCCAUGAUUGAUGGACAGUCUCCAUUUGCACCUGCUGCCAACGAACCCCUCAACAAGGCACCUGGUAUGAACAGCCUGGACCAGGGCAUGGCAGGGCUUAAGAUUGGAGGUGCUGCUCCGGGUGGUAAUGGGGAAAUGGCCCCAAAAGUGGUUGGCUCUGGCUUACCUGGUGGGGGCCCCCUGGGGCCCGUAUCUUCUGUUGGACCUACCAGCAUGCCUCCUGUCUCAAUUGCUCCUGCCAAGCCUGCGUCCUGGGCUGAUAUUGCCAGCAAACCAGCCAAGCCUCAACCUAAGCUUAAAACCAAGGGUGGUAUGGCAGGAGUCAAUUUGCCUCCUCCGCCCAUCAAACACAACAUGGACAUUGGCACUUGGGACAACAAGGGCACAGUGCCUAAAGCUGCCACUCCUCAGCAGGUGCCCCCUAUACCCAGCAACGGGCAGCCACCUAACCAGGCUUCACCACAACCUGGAGCUAUGGCUGCAGGGAAUCCACAAAUGCCUCUGAGCAAUGGACAGCUGGUCGCACCUGUUUCCCAGAUGGGGCAGCAUCAGCUUCCACCCACUGGUCAGCCAGGCAUGGCUCUAAUGCCCCAACCUCCUCUCUCCCAGGGUCCUCCUCCACCACCAAGCCAACAGCAGCAAACUUCUCAACCCAAUCGCUGGGUCCCUCCACGGAACCGGGUCAACGGGUUUGGGGAAGCGGGCGGGACAGGCCAGUCGCCUCCAACUUCUUCAGGUGUAGGCAUGGUGCCCGGUGUCCCUUCUGAGCCUCACCCAGUUUUAGAGAAGUUGCGCAUGGUCAACAACUAUAACCCCAAGGACUUUGACUGGAACCUCAAGCAGGGCCGUGUGUUUAUCAUCAAGAGCUACUCUGAGGAUGACAUCCACCGCUCCAUCAAGUACAACAUUUGGUGCAGCACAGAGCAUGGCAACAAGAGGCUUGAUGCAGCUUACCGUUCUCUGGGCGGCAAAGGGCCUCUUUUUCUCCUGUUCAGUGUCAACGGGAGUGGUCACUUCUGUGGUGUGGCAGAGAUGCGCUCACCUGUGGACUACAACACAUCUGCUGGCGUGUGGUCACAGGACAAAUGGAAGGGUCGCUUUGAUGUGCGCUGGAUCUUUGUUAAGGACGUUCCCAACAGUCAGCUGAGGCACAUUCGACUGGAGAACAACGAAAAUAAGCCAGUGACCAACUCUCGGGACACACAAGAGGUGCCGCUGGAUAAGGCCAGGCAGGUGUUAAAGAUCAUCGCCGGAUAUAAACACACCACUUCCAUCUUCGAUGACUUUUCUCACUACGAGAAGCGUCAGGAGGAGGAAGAGUGUGUGAAAAAGGUGGAGGUCCAAGGCAGUGAGCCAUAUCCCAGCAACCCAAGCAACAGGAGUCAUUACAGGCUUCAGGAGCGCCAAGGACGAGUCAAGUAACAGUUGGUGCUUUGGUCUAAAGACUGCAAUGCCCCCCUCCCCAAAUCCCCUCCGCCCCGUUACAUCCAGAUCUCUCUAAGAAAUUCUAAUAGGGGUGAAGAAUUAACAAAGGACGAAAAGAGAAAAAAAAACUAAAUGAAGACUUUUUGAUUUUCUUUUGACUUUAAAGACUUACUUGGAACUUGUAGUAAAAAGGAAACGAUUAUUCAUAGGACAACUAAAUGCAUAGCAUCCUUAGGUGACAUCAUUUUUUUUUUUGCCCCACCCCAUUCCACUACAUGUGCUUCCCCCCUUUGUAUGCUGCUUUUUUCUUCUUUUUUUUUUAAUGAAAGGAUCAUCAUGUGUCAUGAUCCAAGAGCAAGUCUGUAAUUCUCACACAAACACAAAUCCGAUAGCAAUUUGUAGUGUUGGCUGAUAAGUCUCCCAAAGUGAAGAAUGGGCAGUUUGUCUCCUUUUCUUUGUAACCCUCUCCACCGUGACCUCCGUCUUCAGAGCAUGCUCAAACCUUGAACCAGGACGCAGCGGAGCUUCUUCCUCUUCGAUGGAUUUUCAGCUGGACAGUUUGCAACUACGCUUUCCAUCUUUUUGCAUACGCUUCCCAUCUUUUUGUUUUAAGAGGACUGCAGAUGCUCAGAAAGACCCUCUGUUUUGUUUUCCCAUGUACUGGAUGGAGUGUGUGUGGGGGAGGUUGAGUCGGGAGGAUUUAGAGAGGAAUAGUAGGGGACGGAGUCAAGUGAAUUCAGAGGGCAUGUUAAGUUGAUGUACUUUACAGUAUAAUUUUAUAGCCUAAAGGUUGGGGCCCUCUGUUAAUCUUUAUCAGACUUAAUUUACACCCCCCCCUUUUUUUUUCUUUUCAUCUCUUGGACAAGUUAAUUCAAUGUUGCUAUGGGUAUCUUUAUUUUUCUUUCCCCCCUCCCUUUCUCUGUUUUCUUAAGACUGAUGUGAGUGGCCUUGCCCCCACUCUUUCUAUUAUUCAGUUCAAAAGUAAUAAAUGUGGUAUAUUCAGCAGAA